AGCCCUUCCGGCCAGCGUCGGGGGAUGCCUUGGACUCUAUUCUCGAGGGAACACGCAAACGAGCUUCUAGUUUCGGGAACGACAUGUUGGCGAGAUCUCCCCUGAAACAUACAGUGAAACAUCAGGAGUUACUACAACCAUCAGAGUCAGGAGGCGAUAGGCGCUCUUCCAUAUUGAGACGG